CAACGUGAUUUCUCGGACAAGACUGAGAUAUUAAUGAAUGUAACUAUGUACAUGUAGCUAAAGCUAUGUACCUGGUUAGUAAUGCGGUUAAACUAUUGUAGACGGUCAUCGCGUUAUUUAUUGUUAUAAUAUGUUUUAACGUACUAUCUCGAACUGCGGCUAUAUUUCGUUAAUGAAAAUUGAAAAAUUUGAUAAAUUGUUUUUUUGAAAAUUAAAAGUGAUUUAUAUCAUUAUGUUUUCAUAAAAGCGAUAAAAAAAGUUUAAUAGUGAGCAUUGGUCUAUCAUCCAUCGUCCGCCAAAGCUCAGAACGUCGAUAUGCUUCGUUAUAAUUUAUUUCGAAUUGGUGGUCCGCUCAAGAGGGCCAGAUCAUCGGCCGCCGUUGAAAAUUUACUUGAUAAUACAAACACAACGAUAGUAGAAGAAGAAUUUGCAAAUGCUAAACCUUACAGCGAAGUGCCUGGUCCGAAACCGAUACCAAUUUUGGGAAAUACAUGGCGUUUAUUACCUGUGAUUGGACAAUAUCAGAUAUCCGAUAUUGCCAAGAUAUCAUUCAUUUUACACGAAAUGUUCGGUAAAAUUGUGACUUUAAGAGGACUUAUCGGUAGACCAGAUUUACUAUUUAUUUACGAUGCCGAUGAAGUAGAGAAAGUUUACAGACAAGAGGGACCGACCCCGUAUCGACCAUCGAUGCCUUGUUUGGUCAAAUAUAAAAGUGAAGUAAGAAAAGAUUUCUUUGGAAGACUUCCUGGAGUUGUUGGCGUGCAUGGAGAACCAUGGAGAGAGUUCCGUAGUAAAGUUCAAAAGCCUGUACUUCAACCCCAGACAGUAAAAAAGUAUAUUAAUCCUAUUGAAAAUAUCACCGAAGACUUUAUUACAAAAAUGUUGGCGAUGAGAGACGAACAUAACGAAUUGCCCAGAGAUUUUGACAACGAAGUCCAUAAAUGGUCACUAGAAUGUAUCGGACAAGUUGCGUUGGAUGUAAGGUUAGGAUGCUUGGAAUCUAAUUUAGAAAUAUCUUCUGAACCUCAAAAAAUUAUUGACGCUGCCAAAUACGCAUUGAGAAACAUAGCUUUGCUAGAAUUGAAGUUUCCAUUUUGGAGAUAUUUACCAUCAACUUUAUGGAGGAACUAUGUUCAAAAUAUGAAUUAUUUCAUAGCGGUGUGCAUGAAAUACAUCGAUCAAGCAAUCACUCGUUUAGAUAAAAAAGGCGUAACCGAAGAAAAAGAAUUAUCUUUAAUAGAAAGAAUACUAGUAACUGAAAAAGAUCCCAAUUUGGCUUGUAUUUUAGCAUUGGAUUUAAUUUUGGUGGGCAUAGAUACGAUAUCCAUGGCAGUUUGUUCGAUUUUAUAUCAACUUGCGACACGGCCGGAAGAACAAGAAAAAAUAUAUCAGGAGUUGAAACGAGUCAUUCCAGAUCCAAAUCAAAAAAUAACCUCAAAAACAAUAAACGAGUUGCAUUAUAUGAAGGCAUUUAUCAAAGAAGUAUUCAGAAUGUAUUCAACAGUAAUUGGAAAUGGCAGAACACUUCAGCAAGACAUGGUUAUUUCUGGCUAUAGAAUUCCAAAAGGAACGCAGCUGGUAUUUCCCACCUUGGUGUUAGGACGAAUGAAAGAAUACGUCGAUGACCCAGAAACCUUUAAACCAGAUCGUUGGUUAAAACAAACAGAUGAUCAAACUUUACAUCCUUUUGCAUCCCUACCCUAUGGCCAUGGUCCUCGCAUGUGUUUAGGAAGAAGAUUCGCUGAUUUAGAAAUGCAAAUUUUGUUGAGUAAGCUAUUAAGAAAAUAUCGAUUGGAGUAUCAUCAUCAGCCAUUAGAAUACAAAGUUACAUUUAUGUAUGCUCCGGAUGGAGAACUCAGGUUUAGAAUGUUACCCAGAGAAAAUUGAAUCUUUUAAUUCGUAUAUAUACUUAUUACUUACAUAUAAAACUGAUAACGAAGACUUGAGGGUUACCAGUUUAUCGCCAUACCUCUUUUCGAAUUUCGAUAUUUUUUUGUUAUUAUUUUUUUUCAAUCCAAAUGAUUUUUUUUAUACAAGACAUGUGUAUAGAUUAUUUAAAUGACCGAUUUUUUUUCAAGCACCAUCGUGUACCUAUUUUGCGCUUUAAAAUGAUUAAUUUAUUUAUUCAAAGUAUGACUAUAAGUACCUACACGAAUAAAUUAUUGUACCUGAUUAUAA